GUGAUCGCCCCUCUCGUUCGUCGCAGGAGCUCCUGUCUUGCUUUACAAGCCUCCUCCCUUCCCCUUUCAAUCGCCUGCAUCGAUGUGGACCUGGUUGUGUACAAUUCUGCUGGCCACCAGGGCAUUGGCCGACCCGAUAGCCUUACAACAUACAAGCGACCUCGCGACAACGGCCGUACCGGUCGAAGCGGCUUUGCUUGAGUCGCGGCAGCUUGGCAACUUCCUCUACACCGUCAAUGUGACUAUACAUGGCACCGCUACUUGUCAGUCUCCGAACGGCUUCUAUAUGCCGCCAGCCUCCUUUGAUGCACUCGUCGUUACAAACCACUUUGGCAGCUCCGAGCCUCAAGUGUAUGUGCAAGGAAAGAAAAUCUUUGACGACGUCAGAUGCACCGACUACCGAUACAGUCCCGGAUCUAGAUGGAAGCCAGCAUACACCUGGAUUGAGAUGACAAUGUACAUCAAGAACGUCGAGCAAUAUCAUCAGGCCGAGUGGCCGAAGAGAUUCGAAGAUUGUUGCUCGGUUGACUGGUCUGCAUCAAUUCAGAUCGAUCUGGGCGAGCGCACCCACGAAAUCGUGGGAGAAACGACCGAAAGAUUCUGCUAUCCUGAUGGUCAGGCCCAGUACACAGAGAACUGCCACGCGCCUUAUCCUCAUCCAAUGAACUUUCGAUGCGAAAGCAACUCAGCCUGGCUCCCGACCGACUCGGGCGUGAUGCUCCUCUAUCCUGGCACGGCUGCCUUGGCCAGCUUUCUCGGGGCACACGGCUACCGCAAAGGGUCGCUCUCCACAUCUGGCGCCAUCGCAGCAGCUCUUCUGGGCUACAUCACUCUCGCGAACCAGCUGCGCACGUUCGGCGUACUCCUCAUCGUGUUCUAUCUGAGCGGCCUAAAUACUACCCAAUCUCACGUGAUGCUGCAGACUAAAGCGGCUGUCAAGGCCAAGCUAGAGGACCAACACGGCCCUGCAUCUACAGCUAAAGCUACAACAAGCUUAGCUGGCAAUCGAGACGCCGUCCAAGUGCUAUGCAAUGGUCUCGUCGGCGCCCUAGCAUCUCUUUCGUGGCAAAUUGCAUUCGUGCAGCCCUCGGAGGCCAUGCCCUUUGCGUCGUGGCUUUCCGACCUAUCUUCCAUCACGACGAACAGCUUACCAGCUGGCAUAUGUCCCUCGCAGAGCUAUCGAUAUGGCGGCUCGGCGCACAGCCGCGCUUACCUUUGGACGGCGAUUGCGUUCUUCAGCGCCUGCAUGGGCGACACACUCGCGAGCGAGCUUGGUAUGCUCGCGCGGACGAAACCGCGGCUUGUCACGACGUUUCAACCGGUACCGCCGGGCACGAACGGCGGGAUCACUCCGUUCGGCCUGCUCGUUUCGCUGCUCGGCGGCACAUGGAUAGGUAUCGUGACCAUUGUCGCGCUUUCGGUCGAGAGUCACACUUGCUACACACUGUGGACGCAAGCCAAGGGCGGGUUUGCUUUUGCGGCAGAGAUUGUCAUCUUAGCAAGCCUUGCCGGUCUCUUCGGCUCUCUGCUCGACUCACUCCUAGGAGCAACAAUGCAAGAGACGUUAUACUCCAAAAGGCGCAGCAAGAUAGUCCAUUCACGAUCCAGCAAAGACGAGGUUGUGCGCAUAGCCGGCACGCCUCUCCUUUCCAACAAUGCAGUCAACUUUGUCGCAUGCAUGCAGCAAGGAGUACAAUCGCGUCUGCCUAUCACGAGCUGA